AUGCCCAAGUGUUCUGCUACCCCUUUGCUGGUUUACAUUCUGGCAGCAAUUAGCUUCCUCGUCGUCGCUGUUGCGGCUGUUACCGUCAUUCCCUUCCUGCUCUUCGGCGACUUCGAGUUCGGCAACUUCAAUGUCAACGCGACGGCAGCCUUCUGGUCUCUUUUUGUUUUUCGCUACUUUCGACUUGCUGUCAACAUUUUCAGUUAUCUCAUACUGUACAAACCGAGUCUCAUACCGGCCAAUCCGUCGCACACCUCGAGAGACGUGUCUGUACUCAUUCCGACCAUCGAGAACAACGAAGCAUUCAUCAACUGCGCGCGGUCUAUCUGUGCAAACGACCCUGCCUACUUAUUCAUAAUCACUGUAGGCAACGAGAUGCGUGCCAGCAUUGAAAACUCGAUGCAACAACUUCGCAUUGCAUUUCCCACGGUUAACAUACAGGUUCACAACACCGAUGUUGCGAACAAGCGCCGCCAGAUUGAUACCGUCAUUCCGUUGAUCCAAACGCGACUGACAAGCAUGGUAGAUGCCAACGUCAUCUGGGGCCCCCGAUUUCUCAGAUCAGCCCUGGCCCCACUCGAGGACCGCAACAUUUGUCUCGUCGGCACCAACAAGCGUGUACGACGGGUCCGCCACGCCGGCUGGUUUGCCUCAUUCUGGAACUUCAUCGGCUGCCUGUAUCUUGAGCGCCACAACUUCGAAUGUCGGGCCCAGAACGCAAUCAGCGGCGAGGUGUUUGUCAUCUCCGGCCGCACCAACGUGAUCCGCACGGCCAUUAUCCAAGACCCGAAAUUCAGAACCGGUUACCUGAACGAGCGGUUUUUCCUGGGGAGAUUUGGUCCUCUGGCGGCGGACGACGACAAUUUCAUCGUGCGUUGGAUUCUGAAGCAGGGCGGCGGCAUCAAUCCGGCCGCUCUCAAAAUCCCACACGUAUGGAUCAGCCAACCAUACUCUGUGUACUCGAUUUACCUGACGUCCUUCUUCAACUUCGCCCUUCUCAUUGAUCCGGUGUUGGUGUACCUUUUGGGUCAUACCGAAUACGUACAUGAGUCAAACUGGACAUCGAUGUGGCUGUUGGUCAUCUGGAUCCUCUGUACCAAGAUGGUGAAGCUGAUCACGUACUUUUACCGUGAGCGACGGGAUCUGCUGUUCUUCCCAUUCUACAUCCUGUUCGCCUACUACCAUAGCUGGAUCAAACUGCGCGCCCUUCUGACAUUCUGGGACGUGGCAUGGACUGGCCGUAACAUUGUUGUUGAUAAGCCACUAGGAUGA